UGGAACGCGCCGUGCCGCCGCAUAUAUGGCGGGGCAGAUCCUCCACAGGUACCUACUGGAUUUUGAAGCUCAUCCAAAGCAUCGAAUUCUCCGACCCGCGCACCGUGUCAUAGCUUUGUGCCUACGUCUACGUCUCUACAUCCGCUUUUCUAUCCUAUCUGCGAGGAGGCCGAAUACUCUAUCCCUCCGUACACUGCUGUAGUCCAGUCCAGCACUCUCCACAGCCACCAUGCCCGGUAUCAGAAUCGCGAUUGACCGGGGAGGAACUUUCACAGACUGCGUUGGCAACCCGGGCACGGGCAAGCUCGAGGACGACGUGAUCAUCAAAUUGCUCUCCGUUGACCCACAGAACUACGACGAUGCGCCGCUGGAAGGAAUCCGUCGCCUGCUGGAGAGGUUCACCGGGAAGGAGUUUCCACGUGGGCAGCCGCUAGAUACUUCUGAAAUAGAAUCGAUACGCAUGGGAACCACGGUGGCUACGAAUGCGCUCCUUGAGCGGAAAGGGGAGAAGUGCGCGCUCAUCGCGACGAAGGGGUUCAGGGACUGUUUGGUCAUUGGUAAUCAAUCGCGCCCAAAGAUCUUCGACCUGGCUAUCCACAAGCCCGACGUGCUCUACCAGACCGUGGUUGAGAUCGAUGAGCGGGUGACGCUGGAAGACUAUGCGGAGCAUCCGGAGCGGGAGACUACCGACGUCACUACGGCGAAUGAUCCUGACCUGGUCCGUGGACUGUCCGGCGAGGCGGUGCGGAUCCUGCAGCGGCCCGACGAAGCGGAGAUCCGUGAGAGCCUGAAGAAACUAUACGAGGAGGGGUACAGAUCGAUAGCGGUGUGUCUUAUGCACUCGUAUACGUUCCCGAACCACGAAGCCCUGGUGGGGGAUAUUGCGAAGGAGAUCGGGUUUACACAUAUCUCGCUGUCGUCAGAGCUGAUGCCGAUGAUCAAGCUGAUACCGAGAGCUACAUCGGCCACCGCGGAUGCAUAUCUUACCCCGGAGAUUCGGCGGUACAUUGACGGGUUCUCGAAGGGGUUUGAGGGCGGACUGGGAUCGGAAAGCGUCAAGAAUUCGGAAGGAAGCAAGGGCGCAAGAUGCGAGUUCAUGCAGAGUGACGGAGGUCUCGUCGAUGUGUCGAAAUUCAGCGGCCUGAGGGCUAUUCUGUCUGGUCCUGCUGGAGGAGUGGUAGGAUACGCAUUGACAUCUUAUGAUCCGGAAACAAAAACCCCGGUGAUUGGAUUCGAUAUGGGAGGAACGAGUACGGAUGUGUCUAGAUACGGCGCGGGGAGGUACGAACAUGUGUUCGAAACGACAACGGCUGGAGUCACUAUCCAAAGCCCGCAACUUGACAUCAAUACCGUGGCUGCUGGUGGUGGGUCAAGGCUAUUUUGGAAGAACGGCCUCUUCGUGGUUGGUCCCAAGUCCGCCGGUGCACACCCAGGUCCUGCGUGCUACCGCAAGGGUGGUCCCUUAACCGUCACGGAUGCGAACCUAUUUCUCGGCCGGCUACUACCAGAGUUCUUCCCCAGGAUCUUCGGUAAAAAUGAAGAUGAAGCACUGGACGAAGCCGCCAGCAGGAAGCUUUUCGAAGAGCUUACAGAAAUAAUCAACCAGGAGCUCGGAAAGCACAUGAGCCCUGACGAAGUUGCGCACGGCUUUAUCAAGAUAGCCAACGAGACAAUGACACGGCCCAUCAGAAGCUUGACGGAGGCGAAGGGAUAUGAUACCAGCCAGCACCGGUUGGCGACCUUCGGAGGUGCCGGAGGACAACAUGCCGUCGCCAUUGCGGAGAGUCUGGGGAUCAGCCAGAUCUUGGUGCAUAGGUACUCGUCAGUCCUCUCGGCCUAUGGAAUGGCGUUAGCGGAUGUCGUCCAUGAAACCCAGGAGCCGAGCUCGGUGAUAUUUGGCGAGGAGCAAAAGACGGGCCUGGUCGAAAGGAUGGAGAAGUUGAAGGGGAAAGCCGGUGCAUCUCUUCAAGACCAGGGGUUCUCUCAGAAGGACAUCGUUUUUGAGGAGUACCUGAAUAUGAGAUAUCGCGGUACCGAGUCCGCAUUGAUGAUUGUCAAACCCACGGAUAGCGAAUUCGAGGACGAGGAGAACGCCUAUGGCCAUGCGUUCGUCCGACAGCAUGAGCAGGAGUUUGGGUUUACUCUUCCGGACAGAGACAUCCUUGUUGACGACAUCCGGGUGCGAGGUAUUGGAAAGAGCAACAUCGAGAUGGAGAAGUCUGUUGACCAGCAACUGAAGGAGAUUCAUCAAAAAGAGGUGGACCUGGCCAAGAAAGAUUUCGUGAAAAGUAUUUAUUUCGAGGGAGGUAGAGUGGAGACCCCCGUCUUCCGGCUCGAGAAGCUUGCCAUCGGUGACCGCAUCAAGGGGCCUGCUAUGCUGGCCGAUGGUACACAAACCAUUGUUGUGACCCCCGGAGCUAUAGCUUUGGUUCUUCACACUCACGUCGUUAUUAACAUCGGUGACCACCACAAUGUCGGUCCGAAGAAGCUGGGAACUGACAAGGUCGACCCAAUCAUGCUUAGCAUCUUUGCCCACAGGUUUAUGGCGAUUGCAGAGCAGAUGGGAAGAGCGUUACAGAAGACCAGUGUCAGUACCAAUGUCAAGGAGAGGCUGGACUACUCUUGCGCUCUCUUUGAUGCUGACGGCGGACUCGUCGCCAAUGCACCCCAUUUACCGGUACAUCUUGGUAGCAUGUCGACCUGCGUUCGGACUCAGGCGGAAAUAUGGAAGGGCAAGUUGAAGCGUGGAGAUGUUCUUGUCUCGAAUCACCCUGAGUUUGGAGGCACUCAUUUGCCAGAUAUCACGGUGAUCACGCCGGCAUUUAACGGCGACGAGAUCAUAUUUUACGUGGCAUCCCGAGCCCAUCACGCCGACAUCGGUGGUAUUCUUCCCGGCUCAAUGCCGCCGAACUCUCGCGAGCUCUUCCAAGAGGGUGCCGCCAUCAAGAGCGAAAAGCUAGUCUCGGAAGGUCGAUUCAACGAGAAGCGGAUGACUGAGCUGUUGCUCGAGGAGCCAGCACAGUACCCAGGUUGCAGUGGAACUCGCUGUCUCGCCGAUAACAUCAACGAUCUUAAAGCACAGGUCGCUGCAAACCAAAAGGGAAUCAAUUUGAUCUCCACCCUGAUUGGCGAUUACGGUGAGGAUGUGGUCCAACAUUACAUGGUUGCCAUCCAGAAAAAUGCCGAGCAGAGCGUCAGGGCGCUACUUAAGAAUGUGUACAAGAGAUUUGAGGGUCAUGACCUUGAGGCGGUGGACUAUAUGGAUGAUGGAUCGCCAAUCCGUCUGAAGAUAGAGAUUGAUCCGGAGAAUGGAGAGGCCAUCUUCGACUUUGAGGGAACGGGGCCGGAAGUCUAUGGAAACACUAACGCACCAGAGGCCGUGACCUACUCUGCGAUCAUCUACUGCCUGCGCUGUCUCAUCUCGGAAGAGAUCCCUCUGAACCAAGGCUGCCUGAAACCGAUUCACGUGAAGAUCCCCAAGAACUCCUUCCUAAGCCCAAGCGAAGGCGCUGCGGUAGUGGGUGGAAACGUCCUUACCAGUCAACGCAUCACGGACGUCGUCCUGAAAGCCUUCCAAGCCUGUGCCGCCAGUCAAGGAGACUGCAACAACCUCACUUUUGGCUACGGCGGACAAGUCGAGGGCAAAGGCCACGUCAAAGGCUUCGGAUACUACGAGACCAUUGCUGGAGGCAGCGGAGCCGGUCCGCACUGGGAUGGAACCUCGGGUGUUCACACGCAUAUGACGAAUACGAGGAUCACCGAUGCCGAGGUCUUUGAGCGGAGAUAUCCGGUCAUCCUCCGAGAGUUCUCGAUCCGUGAGGGCUCCCGCGGACUGGGAGAGUAUGAGGGCGGUGACGGUGUCAUCAGGGAUAUCGAGUUCCGCGUGCCCGUCCAGGUGUCUAUUCUUAGCGAACGACGUAUUUACCAUCCCUAUGGUAUGGCGGGAGGCACGGACGCCGAGUGUGGACUCAACCUGUGGAUGAGGAAAGUUAGGGACCCCAAAGAUGGCAUGAAGAAGUUUAGGACCAUCAAUAUGGGAGGGAAAAAUACGGCACCCAUGAAGCCCGGAGAGAGGAUCAUUGUGUGCACGCCUGGGGGUGGAGGGUAUGGGAAGCCAAGUGACAGACAGGGCAAAAAGACGAGGGAGCAUGAUCCCACUCAUUCGUGGAAGGGUGGAAGUUUGGCCUCCAGAAUCUAUCAGCAGGAAACAAACUAGAUAGGAUUCUAGAGGAAUAUCAGGCGCUUGAUCUUGGGAUACCCCGUAUAACAAGGCCAAUGUGCCGGUGUUUGAUCAUUUCGUUUCAUAGUAAUGCAUUCGACCCAUUUGGGGUGAUUGCCAUAGUCUAGUAAAGGCCGCAUGCGACAAUAAAUUGAUGUUGUCUCUCUCUUUCGACCCAUUUGGUGUGCCGAUGUUUGAUAGCAGUUAAGAAUUUGAGGCUUUUUAUCAUCGAGUGUCUGAUCAUGAAUGACUGUGCUCUGUGCCUUGACGAUGCAUUUGAUUACGGUGCCGCUAUUUUGGUAGCGAGG